UCUGAGCGGGCCAAUGGGGGCAGGUCGGCCACUUCCCAGUCUGGGCUCAGUGGGGGCUUUCUCUUCUGUUCCCAAUUCUGCAUGCCUCAAAGGCCUGUCAGCAGAGUCAAUUUUUUAAACAAUGUACUUGUGAAAAAACGUGCUUGUGAAAAUCCUAGGAAACAGCAAAGUCAAAGAGCAUUUUUGUGCUGAAAGUGCUGGCGGGUCCUUUGAGAUUGACCCAACCCUGCAGGCGCCAAGGUCCACUGGGGGCUGCAUGCCCAGGAACCAAGGAGUUCGCCAGGGGAGUCUGCAAGGAGUUCGCCAGGGGAGUCUCUUCCAGACUUGGGGCCAGGCCUAGGUGGCCAGGGCCAGGGCUUCUGUGACAUUCCUCUCCCCAGGAGGAGCCAUCCCAGAAGGGUGUGGCGGUUCCUGGCUCUCAUGGCUGCAGCCAGCGUGACUCCUCCCGGCUCCCUAGACUUGUUGCAGCCUGGCUUCUCGAAGACCCUCCUGGGGACCAAGCCGGAGGACAAGUACCUGUGCUCAGCCUGUAGGAAUGUCUUGCGCAGACCCUUCCAGGCCCAGUGUGGCCACCGCUACUGCUCUUACUGCCUGAGCAGCAUCUUGAGCUCUGGGCCUCAGAACUGUGCCGCCUGUGUUCACGAGGGCAUAUAUGAAGAAGGCAUUUCUAUUUUGGAAAGCAGUUCGGCUUUUCCAGACAACGCUGCACGCAGGGAGGUGGAGAGCCUGCCGGCCGUCUGUCCCAACAAUGGCUGCACCUGGAAGGGGACCCUUAAAGAAUAUGAGAGCUGCCAUGAAGGACACUGCCCGUUCAUGCUGACUGAGUGCCCAGCUUGCAAAGGCCUGGUUCGCCUGGGGGAGAAGGAGCACCACUCGGAGCACGAGUGUCCAGAGAGAAGCCUCAGCUGCAGGCACUGCCGGGCACCCUGCUGCUGGGCUGACUUGAAGGCACACCAUGAGGUCUGCCCCAAGUUCCCCUUGACUUGCGAUGGCUGUGGCAAGAAGAAGAUCUCACGGGAGAAAUUCCAGGACCACGUCAGGGCGUGUGGCAAGUGCCGAGUCCCCUGCAGGUUCCAUGUUGUCGGCUGCCCUGAGAUGGUGGAGAGCGAGAAGCAGCAGCAGCACGAGGCCCAUUGGCUUCGGGAGCACUUGGCCAUGUUGUUGGGCAGCCUCCUGGAGGCGAAGCAUCUCUCAGGAGCUGGUGGCCCCUUCCUGGGUCUGAGCGAGAUGGGGGGCUGGGAAGCCAGCACACUGCACCCCGAGGCCGAGCUCUCCAAGGCCGCAGAGCUCCAGCAGCGGUGUGAGGCCCUAGAGAGGAAGACGGCCACCUUCGAGAACAUCGUCUGUGUCCUGAACCGGGAGGUGGAGAGGGUGGCCAUGACCGCUGAGGCGUGUGGCCGGCAGCACCAGCUGGACCAGGACAGGAUCGAGGCCCUGAGUAACAAGGUGCAGCAGCUGGAGAGGACCAUUGGCCUGAAGGACCUGGCAAUGGCCGAACUGGAGCAGAAGGUCCACGAGAUGGAGGCGUCCACCUUCGAUGGCGUGUUCAUCUGGAAGAUAUCUGAUUUUGCCAGGAAGCGCCAGGAAGCUGUGGCCGGCCGCACACCCGCCAUCUUCUCCCCAGCCUUCUACACAAGCAGGUAUGGCUACAAGAUGUGUCUGCGCAUCUACCUGAACGGAGACGGCACGGGGCGUGGGACACACCUGUCUCUCUUCUUUGUGGUGAUGAAGGGCCCCAAUGAUGCCCUCCUGCGGUGGCCCUUCAACCAAAAGGUGACCUUAAUGCUGCUGGACCAGAACAACCGGGAGCACGUGAUUGAUGCCUUCAGGCCUGAUGUGACCUCGUCCUCUUUCCAGAGGCCAGUCAGUGACAUGAACAUCGCCAGCGGCUGCCCCCUUUUCUGCCCCGUCUCCAAGAUGGAGGCCAAGAAUUCCUAUGUGCGCGAUGACGCCAUCUUCAUCAAGGCCAUUGUGGACCUGACGGGUCUCUAGCUUUCUCCCACCAGGGUUGGGGGUCGCGGGUCACACCGGGCUGGAGCCUCACCAUGGGUGGGCACCUGCCACGCUCAUGUCCACCGGGAAGGGGCCGCCUCCUGGGAGAGGCCACUCAGCCUCUGAGUGGGGCAGGCUGCAGGCCUGUCAGUACCUGCUCGUGGGCCAUCAGUACGGGUGCUCAGGCGAGGUGAGCAGAGGGCGAGGUGAGGUGGCAUCUCGUCCUGUCCUUUGGUUGGAGAGAAGGGACGUUCCCGGGCCUGGCCGCUCCUCUGAGGAGAGGUCCUGCUCUGCAGGCCUGGCCAGGCUGGCAGGCACAGAGGGCACUCUGUCCUCAGGGCAUCCUGUCGGCUGCCCCUGUGGCGAGUGCGGGGCACACACUGGGCCCUGCUGUCGGACAUGAUGCGUUAGCUGCCCUGUCGGGCUGUGGAGAAGUCGUUAUUAAACUGUUAAAUUUC